UGUCAAUGUCAUUUUAAAAAGUGAAAACAACGUGAAAUUAUAAACUUUUUUGUUUUUGCAUAAUUUUGUCGUAAAAUUGGAUAUACAAACAAUAAAUGGAUUAUAACGAGUGUAAUUGCUAGGUUGAAAACUCAUAGCGCAGUGAAAUACGUGUUCCACAAAAAUGGCAAUGAAUUACGUUCGUCAAUUUGCAAGAACCGCUCUCAGAGCACCAAAGUUAGGGUUGGUGUCACAGAGAGCGAUAAAAACGAGUGAACCGGCGAGACUUGGCAUGAUACCCAUAGUGGUGGAACAGACUGGCAGAGGAGAGAGGGCUUACGACAUUUACUCCAGGCUUCUACGUGAACGCAUAAUUUGUCUAAUGGGACCGAUAAACGAUGACAUUAGUUCGCUAGUUGUAGCCCAACUGUUAUUCCUGCAGUCGGAAUCUAGUAAAAAACCUGUACAUUUGUAUAUAAACUCUCCAGGCGGUAAUGUGACUGCCGGCCUCGGUAUUUAUGACACAAUGCAGUAUAUAACUCCGCCGGUCGCGACGUGGUGUGUGGGACAAGCUUGCAGUAUGGCAUCAUUACUUUUAGCAGCUGGUGCGACCGGAAUGCGUCACGCUUUACCAAACUCCCGCAUAAUGAUUCACCAACCGUCCGGCGGUGUCAGAGGUCAAGCUACUGACAUUCAAAUCCAAGCAGAAGAGAUUUUAAAACUGAAAGCACAGAUCAACACUCUCUAUGUCCGUCAUACUGGUUUGCCUAUAGAAAAAAUACAGAGUUCUAUGGAGCGUGAUUAUUUCAUGUCCCCGUCGGAAGCUAAAGUUUUUGGUCUGAUUGACAAUAUACUGGAGCACCCACCGUCUCAUGCAAUGGAAAAUGAAUGUUCACCGCCACCAGCAAGCCCGGCUCCUGUGACUGCUACUGAUUAGAUAUAAUUAGAUAGAAAUAUGUAACAAAUUAUUUUCAUUAUUGUUGACAAUGAUGUAAAAAAUAAACAGAGAGAUUAAUAACUGUUUUAGCUUGGUAGUUAAAUAUGAACAAUAUAGGUUGGUAGUGUCACAUAUAGUUUUCUCUAUCAGCUGAAUUCAUUUUAUUGUAAAUGCAUCAAAUUGGUGCUACAUUAAUGUCAAUUUACAUAUUUUAUAUCAUUUAUCACAAUUACAGUUUGUUUCAUGUAGGAUGGUGCGGGUGUCAGUUCGUUUCACUCUUGAAAGUUUGCCACAAUUCACUAUAAUAGUACAUAUUAUGAACAUCAUACAGGCGACGGUCACCAUGCCCAUGCUAACUGAAAAAAGCUUCAGUGCAAAUACAAUGUCUUCAAAAGCAUAUACUAUUAGUAAGUUAGUAGUUGUAACUUAGGUCAGGCAAUUACUAUCAAUAAAACUCCAAGACUAAAAUCUGACAGGUUGUGAUUGAAUGGGUGAACUUUGAACUGGCAUACAAGGUUGUUGAACUGCACUGUUUCAAGGUUAUGCCAACUUUUUGUCUUUGUAGUGAUGAGACAAAAUCAAAGCAAUUGUAAUUGAAUAUCUUUGUCCUAUUUGAUCACAACCUAUCAAAAACACAAUCUCAGUACAAAGUAUGUACUCUCUCUUUUUUAAUUAUAUCAUUGGUUAUGGGUAUAGUAAAAUAUAUGAGUUUUAAUUUUUCAUA